AACCGAGAUAACCCGGAAAAGGAGGAAGAAUAGCGCCUCAGUUCCGAGUCCGAUCGUGGACUGUCAGACAUAUCAUGGCUGGAGCUGGAGGUGACAAGCCUUUCGCCAAGGCCGGCCCAAGCCCUUUAUCUCGGGUUUUGAGAAUAAGUCAGCUGGAUGCUUUUGAACUGGAUGGUGCACUGGAACAGCUUGUUUGGUCACAGUUCACCCAAUGUUUCCAGCAUUUCAAGCCUGGGCUCUUAACCCCUGUGGAACCAGAACUCAAGGCCCUUCUCCAGCUCCUCUUGUGGAGGUUCACCGUCUUCUCUAACAGUGCCACCGUGGGCCAAUCACUGCUCAACAUCCGGUACAAGAACUCUCUGAUCCCAGGACAGAAGUACCGGCCCAUGAGCCGGCCACAAAAGUUCUGGUUUGUUCUGCUGACAGUUGGCGAAAAGUGGCUGAGAGAACGCUCACAUAGCUUGUUCCUCAACCACCCUGCAGAAUCCAAGGCCCGGAAGGUACUCAGCAUCUUGACGGGCCUUACUAAAGUGGCCAGCCUGGUCAACUUCCUACUGUUCCUCCAAAGAGGAACCUAUCCAACACUUACCGAAAGAUUGCUGGGAGUGCAGCCAGUCUUCAGUCGACCCCAGGGACCACGAGACAUCAACUUCCAGUUCUUGAACCGGGAGCUGUUGUGGAACGGCUUUGCUGAGUUCCUUAUCUUUCUGCUGCCACUCAUAAACAUGUGGAAGCUAAAGGCCAGUGUUGCAACUCUGUUCUCCCCUCUGAACGAACUGAGGGGAACGGAAGGUUCGGAGGAGACCUACUGCACCGAGUGCGCCAUCUGUGGGGAGUGGCCCACAAUGCCCCAUUCGGUCAGCUGCAACCACGUGUUCUGCUACUACUGCCUCAAGAGCCACACGAUCGCUGACAUCUGCUUUACCUGCCCCAAAUGUGGCACAGAGACUGGAACGAUAGAGCCAGUCAGGCUUCAUGAGUUGCAUCAGAGUUGAGACUGUGCCUCUAACAGUCUUCUGAUUGACUUGAGAUACACAUACAGCAGGAGAACUUGAGGCCAAGUUGAACGUUUUGAGUCUUAUCACAGAGAUUGGUUGAUGAAGGCAUAUGGCUUGUGCCUUCUUCUGAAAUGAGAGCAUUUGUUGCCAUGAAAUAUGCAGAAUUUUGUACAAAGAGACAAACUUAAUGAUCUAAAAUUCUAAAACAACAUCAUUUGUGUCGUUAAUUUAUUCAACCUCAUUAAAGUUUGAUAGAAACUGUGUAUCAGAGGUCCACUUUUCUGCAUUCUUGGAUUGAGCACUGAGCAAAUGAAUAAACAUCAAAACAUGCCUUUGCUCAACUGCCUCCAUGAUCCAAUUCCCCUCAUCCCCUAUGAAGGGAGAAAUUUGCACAAGAUCAAGGAGAGGCCAUGAUAGCACCAGGGGGUAGUUGGGUUGGAUGCAGAUAGACAGACAUCCCACCAUAAUCUCCAUGGCCCUUCUUAAUACGCCAGUAAACUGUAACAAACCAAAGUAGGACCGAUGCAAGUUUCUGGAAUAUUAUGCUCUAAGCCUAAUAAUGACUGCAAAGAUGGGUAUUUAUUCUGCUGUUAACCCUCUCCAGUGAGCCAUGCCUCAGGCCAAACAUCCAAAUAGACACAGACCUGCUCGAAACUCA